AUGCAUGCAGUGGUUCGAGUUACGAUAUCGUCUAAUGAGCUACGCAGAAGUAGCAGUGGUUGUUAUUAUCUCGAUAAACAACCCGCCGCUGCAGCUCCAGCUCCUUCGCGAGGUUCCCGAUGGAUGCCAACCCCACAGCAGCUAAUGGCUCUGAAAGAGAUGUAUCAAUGCGGGAUGACGACACCGACGGCUCAACAAAUCCGAUUGGUAACUGAGCAGCUAAGAAACUUUGGGAGAAUUGAAGGAAAGAAUGUGUUCUACUGGUUUCAGAACCACCGAGCCAGGGAGAGGCAGAAGAGACGCCGUCAACUAAUGUCCGUGUAUCAGUCUGACUCUAGACAACAACAACAACAACAAACUUUCACUAGCAACACAGUUAACGGUCUCCAUGACAAAGAAUCUGCAGAAGAUGAGCAGCAGAAUAAGUGGAGACUACCAAAUUUCACUGUUCUUUCUGAUCAGGCAUCAUCUUCAGUACUGCAAGAGACGACGAUGAUAAGCAUGCUGGAAAGCAAUUCCUCCAGGCAACUUGUGGAACAACCGGAUUCACGGAGACCGACCUCAGACACAAACGCUUCAGCUAGGUUAAUUGACACAAAGCUCUUGGACUUACAUCACUACAAUCAAUAUGAUUACGGUAUGGUAUUAACGGCAACCACUGAUUACAGCAGAGAAGAAGAAAGUAGAGAAACUCAAACUCUGGAGCUCUUUCCACUCAAGAGCGAAAAUCUUAAGGAUGCCAAAUUACCUAUAAGCAGAACUACUGCUACAAGCACAGACGAUAGUACUGCAGAUCUCAUGGAGCCGGCAGAAAAUAUAAUCAGUUUCUUUGAAAGAAUCAGGGCAGCAUAUAACUAG